GGAGCUUUAUUGCCCGUAAAGUGGGAUGGAACAGACACUUGGCCCAUUUCUGCGAACUUCGGUUUCUCCGUCUUUCUUGGAGACACAGACAACUGUUUCUUGAUCCAACCAACCGACUCAUCUGCAUUUUCCUUGUUUUUAGUUUUUAAUACCAAUGCUUCGUCCAGAUCCACUCGCUGCCACGUUCAUUCCAACACCCGCAGAGUCCAUUUCACCUUAAACCUCUCUAAUGGCUACUCCUUCACCAACCUCCUUUUCGCAGCUCUUCAAUUCUUCCUUUGAUGCUCGCAGAACUUCAUCAAAGAUAUUGACAAUGUUUGGUCCUAAGCUGAAAUCAGGAGAAACUGAGCAGACCCAUGUGAGAGUAUUUACUUCUUUCAAGACUAGUCCACGUAUCGAAUGUAAGGCUUCAAAGGUGCCUCCAGGAUCGACUCUGAAACUUGACAAUAGAAGGGUGGAGAGCUUGGCUGAAAGUGAAAAUGGAUGUGAUUUAUUUGAAGAUCUGAAACAUCGGUUUCUUAGAUUCAAAAGGCGUAAAUUUGAGGAAAACUUCGAACAUUUUCAAAAUCUUGCCCAGGGUCAAGCACCGAAGUUCAUGAUUAUUGCUUGUGCAGACUCUAGGGUUUGCCCCUCAAACAUCCUGGGGUUCCAACCAGGGGAAGCAUUCAUGAUCAGAAAUGUAGCAAAUCUGGUGCCCCCAUUUGAGGGUGGACCCUCAGAAACAAAUGCCGCAUUAGAAUUUGCUGUAAAUUCUCUUCAAGUGGAGAACAUACUAGUUAUUGGCCACAGUUGCUGUGGAGGGAUUCGUGCCCUUAUGAGUAUGGAAGAUGAAGUAGAUUCAAGUAGCUUUAUUAGAAGUUGGGUUGUUGUUGGAAAGAAUGCGAAGUUAAUCACAAAGUCUGCAGCUUCGAACCUAGGCUUUGACCAACAAUGCAGACACUGUGAGAAGGAAUCAAUCAACCACUCCCUGAUAAACUUGCUCACUUACCCAUGGAUAGAGGAAAGAGUAGCUAAAGGAGAGCUCUUAGUUCAUGGCGGGUACUAUGACUUCGUUGACUGUACAUUUGAGAAGUGGACAAUGGAUUACAAGGGAAGUAAUUGGGAGAAAAAUAGCAGAUUUGCCGUCAAAAACCAAUUUUAUUGGUGCUGAAUUUGGAUUAAAAUAUAGCAACUGGACUGAAUUCUUUCUGAUUGGAAAUUCCUGUUGUAAAAUAUCAAUCCUCAGUUUGUACUGAGACGUUUGCUA